AUGAUCGAGAGGAAAAAUAUGGGGAGAGUUUCCCCUUUCCUGCUGGUGCUAUUGGCCCUCGGGUUUAGCUUUGCAACCUAUAACUUGUUAACUUUGGUAAUACGCUACAAGACCUCCUUCAAUUCAGGGGAGGGAGCAGGUUUCUCUGAUCCUGUUAUCGCGAUGCCUCAGAACGUGAGGAAAUUAGGGAAGUCGAAUUUGAAGUACCAUGUGGCGCUUACUGCAACUGAUGCUCCUUACAGCCAGUGGCAGUGUCGGAUUAUGUACUAUUGGUACAAGAAGAUGAAAGAUGCGCCUGGAUCGGAUAUGGGGAAGUUCACCAGAGUUUUGCAUUCGGGGAAGGCUGACAAUUUGAUGGAUGAGAUCCCGACAUUCAUUGUGGAUCCUCUUCCAGAGGGUCUUGAUCGGGGAUAUAUUGUCUUGAAUAGACCGUGGGCCUUUGUUCAAUGGCUGGAGAAGGCAACAAUCGAGGAAGAUUAUAUCUUAAUGGCUGAGCCAGACCACAUAUUUGUCAAUCCCUUGCCGAACCUGUCUAAUGGAGACAACCCAGCAGCAUUUCCCUUUUUCUACAUCAAACCAACAGAUCAUGAGAGCGUUGUUAGGAAGUAUUAUCCCAAGGACAAGGGUCCAGUAACUGAUGUUGAUCCCAUUGGAAAUUCUCCUGUGAUAAUUAAAAAGACCUUGCUGGAGGAAAUUUCUCCCACAUGGGUCAAUGUAUCAUUGAGGAUGAAAGAUGACCCAGAGACCGACAAAGCAUUUGGUUGGGUGCUGGAAAUGUAUGCUUAUGCUGUAGCAUCAGCGCUACAUGGUGUGCGCCAUAUUCUUCGUAAGGACUUCAUGAUACAGCCACCAUGGGACUUGGAGGUUGGGAAAACCUUUAUUAUACAUUAUACUUAUGGCUGUGACUACGAUUUAACGGGUAAAUUAACUUACGGCAAGAUCGGAGAAUGGCGCUUUGACAAGAGAUCAUAUCUCCGUGGUCCUCCGCCAAGGAACCUCUCAUUGCCCCCACCAGGAGUUCCGGAAAGUGUGGUGAGGCUCGUAAAAUCGGUAAAUGAAGCCACAGCAAAUAUACCAGGCUGGGAGCCAACAGAAAGUAACAACUGA